AUGUUCUUCUUCGUCGCCCGGUUGCGACUUGCUACUGCUUUUGCCGUCUUCCUCUUUUCAUCAUUCAGUCGCGCGCGCCUCAACGAGCUUUUCGCUUCUUCAGUAUCAUACUGUGCCCCACCAGAAGAAAUUUUGAUUGAACAGCUCGACGUAUCCUACUUCCAGGCCAACAACUCCAUCUCCUUCAAUGUCACCGCCGCCAGUGUCCUUCCCAACAUCAGCGUCUCGGCCAAUUUAUACCUUAAUGUUUAUGGCAUGCAGCCGCUCAACAUCACCAUCGACCUCUGCGGUCUUUUCGGCGGUGCCUUGUGCCCACUACCCCCGUACAACUUUUCAGGCACAGAUUCGCUCGAGCUGCCUUCGUCUGUCAACAUAGCGAAGGAGAUUCCUGGAAUCGCCUACGUCAUACCCGAUCUUGAGGCGUUUGCUCAGCUGACUCUGGUCGAAGUUGGCACAAACCAGGUCAAGGCUUGUGUGCAAUGUACCCUGGCCAAUGGCUGGUCUGCCCGUCAGUAUGCUGUCGAGUGGACUACCGGUGCAAUAGCCCUUCUUGCCCUGGCAUCGGCAGUAUGGCAAUCGGUCAUGCAACCCAUCGCACUUGCACCAGCUCGUCUGCUUGACAUACUCUAUCUUUUCCAGAGCAUUGCAGCUUCUGCACUAUUGGGUCUAAAUUAUCCUUCCGUUUAUACAGCCUACUCCCUCAAUUUCUCUUGGGCGCUUGGUCUCUUUGCUCAGUCCCCGACAUCUGGCAUGCAAAACGCAAUCAACAAUAUGCGUCGACUAACCGGAGGGAAUGGCGCUGAUGCAUCCAGUAACGGUGCUGUGCCCCUGGUGAACCGCAAGUUGAGCCCAUACAAUGCUCCCGUGACACAGGCGUACCUCGCCUCUCAGUCUUUACUUGCGAAGGUUGCAUCUUUGCAGCAGGUUGACCUCGCUAAUGCAGCCAAACGAGCCGGCUUCGCAAAAAUGGAUGCGGACGCGAUUUUGAAAGGGAGAGAUGUAGCUGUGGUGACUCCGCAGUCAUCAGAUGUUUUGCAAGCAGGCAUUCCUAUCUAUGCGAACUCCAUCGGAAUUGCCACUACCAAUGCGUUCAUGACGAUCUUCUUCGUCGCACUCAUCCUGACAGCAAUUUUGCUGGUGGCGUUAGGCGCGGGAUACGUGACGUGGCUCGCCCUGAGGCGUACGUUUUGGGGAAAGGACAAAUUGGAUUCGUGGCCGGGAUUGAAGUCAGGGUAUCUAUGGUUUGCUCAAGCAUGGGGCCUUCGGACAGCGUUGGUCACGUUCUUUCCCAUAGCAAUGUUCACUUUUUAUCAGUGGACGUUGCAUGACUCCUGGCUGUCCGUCCUUCUGUCUGUGAUUUCCGUACUAAUCGUCCUAGCAUCCAUCCUCAUUCCAUGUUUCUUCGUCUUGCGCCAUUACCUGCCUACGUCAUUCCCUGGUUCUUCAUCCAACAUGACAACUGCAAUCUCAUUAUCGCCACUCACCGCACCAUUCGUCUCUCGUCGCAUAUUCUAUAUCAUCCCCAUCCUGCUGGCCAUAUUCGUCAAAGCGCUCGUCGUUGGGUUCGCGUCAUCCCACGGGCUCUUCCAAGCGAUCUUCUUACUCGUCGUUGAUGUGUUCCUUCUGGCCUCCCUCAUUAUCGCGAAGCCAUUCCGUUCGCGACGCGCCGAUAUCCUCAUGGGAUUUCUCGCCGUUGUACGCGUCGUCUGCGGAGGGCUCUUGAUUGCUUUUGCGGAGAGCAUUCAUUUGGCAGCAAUUCCGCGAGUUGUCAUUGGUAUUGUCACUGCGGUGAUUUUCUCUGUUACCGUCGUCAUCAUGUUUUUCAACAUCCUGGUCAACAUGGGAAUAUGGCGGUUGAUCAGAUUUCUCCUGCCAUUCGGGCGAAGAAGUAGGAGAAAGGCAGGUGACACCGAAUUGGCCAGUAGCGCAAGUGAGCAUGACUCGGAUGCGUCGGCGGAGAGAGACUCGGAGAAGGUCAAGGAGAAGGAUUCAGGGAAGAGUUCCGAGAGAGAUUUGGAAAAGUCAGGUAAUCCCACCCCGCCCUCAAGUCGCCCACUCACGCCCAUGAGCGCGAACAGCGAGCAGCCGAGUUUCUACUCGACCGGGACUGGGACAACCUUGGGUGAGCCUCUCCCGCGGAGAUGGUCUUUCCAGUACUCGCGGCCACCGUCCGAUUCGCAGUCCCCUUUAUCUCUGUCAUUCAUGAAUUCACGACAUUCGGUGACAUCUUCGCCAUCCUCUCCUUCGUCGGGUCUGCCAGCAAGGUACAGCCGACAUAUUUCGUCGUCAGCGCCAUCUCCUAUAGAAGAGUAUCCCAUGCACGAGGACGAGCAUCUCGAUAGACCAAUCAAUGAAGUUUUGACAGUCGCAUCUCUCUCUGGCUCAUAG